GGGGGCGAUGGUUGGCUCAUGGCGUGUCCUCCCCAAGCCCGGCCCCCGGCGGCGCCCUCUAAAACACGUACUUCCGCUUGAUUCUCCCUCUUUUCUCUUGUCCUCCAUUCUAUCUGCGGCUGGAUUUGAUCAUCGCCAUGUCUUCUCACAAGACUUUCAGGAUCAAGAGAUUUCUGGCUAAGAAACAAAAGCAGAAUCGUCCCAUUCCCCAAUGGAUUCGAAUGAAAACUGGUAAUAAAAUCAGGUACAACUCUAAGAGAAGACAUUGGAGAAGAACCAAGCUGGGUCUAUAAUGAGCCUCACAUAUGAAUUCACACACAUUAUCAGAACAUCACUAGUGUCUGGAACAGCUGCCUGUGUUUGAUGCUCUCUCCUCUUGAGCUUUCCUCAUCACUGCUCACUGUGUAGCUCUGUAAUAAACAUGUGAACCUUU